AUGGCAGGGGCUUCGGAUUCCAAGAUUGAAUUCUUGGUGUGGUUGUCGCAAGUCAUGGGAGGGCUUUGUUCGCGCUCCGCCGAGGACGACCGAGUUUUUGUCAACGCCGAUUCUGUUGCUGCUGCUGCUGCUGCUGCUGCUGCUGAGAAUAAGCCUUCUAACGACGGGGCCGCUGUUUUCUCCGCCGUGCCUCAGAGGAUGGAGAGGAAUCUUCCCGAACCUUCUCGAACUAACGGUGGAGCUUCUUUCGCUGUUGAGGAAGAGUUCUAUGACGGAAUCCCGCAGUUCCCCAAGGACUCCUUGCCUCCCAAGCCUAGGUCAAAGGUCUCAGAGGUGAGUUCACGCUUGGGCAAAGCUGGUACUACUGGAAUUGCUAUUGGAUUUGAGAAAGCAGUAGAGGUUUUGGACACUCUCGGGAGCAGCAUGACAAAUUUAAAUGCUAGCAGUGGAUUUGUUUCUGGAGCUGCAAUUAAGGGAAAUGAAAUUUCUAUCUUGGCCUUUGAGGUUGCAAACACAAUUGUCAAAGGUUUUAAUCUUCUGCAAUCUCUUUCCACUAAAAGUAUUACGCAUUUAAAAGAAGAGGUACUUCUUUCACAUCCUGUGCAAGAUUUGGUAUCAAAGGAUAUGGAUGAACUUCUUCGGAUUGUUGCAGCAGACAAGAGGUAA